AUGGAUGAAGUCUUGCAUUCUUUCCUAGAAGGGAAGCUUUCGAAGGAGCAAUUUCAGGAAAUGUUCGCUUUACAUUACACAAGCGAGCAACAACUGCACGUGGAGUUAAGGAAUUGCAUUCAAAUAUGUAUCCAAUCUGGUCGAGAUGAGCGGACGUAUGAAGCUGUUCAUCAUUUAUUAGACAUGGCAGCUGGUAUAUCUUGCCUCGCACUUCGAAAAAACCUGUUAGAAUAUAUGUAUGCGCAAUUGUCGCCGUUAGAAGGAAUUAGAAGUGAACUAUUAGCCAAAUGCUGCUUGCAGCUUGCUGCUGUUUUUGAUGCCGAAAACGAUUACGAAAACCUUUGCGCCGCUUUAGAGACGCUAGAAAAGCAUGCAAACCUUGAAAGUGACUUGGAACAGCUGUUACUCUUAAGGAUUCGUCUAGGAGAAAACUACAUAAAGCUUGGUAAGCCAGAGAAGGCGAUUCUAUUAAUGCGAACAAGUAUGCCUAUCGCACACAAAACGAAUAAUCAUCAACUCUUGAUGGAACUUCAGCUGUGCAAUGCAAGGGCUUUAGAUGAAACGUUCCAGUUUUUGGACGCCGCUAGAAGCUACUAUAAAGCCCUUCAAUACAAGGUGCCUGGGAAUGAGAUCGUCUUCAUCGAAAACUUAAGCCUUGCUAUACAAUGUCUGAUUUUAGCAACGCCUUCUAUGAUUGUUUUACAGUUUUUACAAGAACUUUCCCUGCUUCCAAAUGUGACGGAAUUGCCGCUAUUUAAUUUUAUCAAAAAAUAUCUUCAAAGAAAGUUUAUCACCCUGGAGGAUGCAAACUCGAUUUUACCUUUCUUACUUCCUCACCAAGUUCAGUAUAUGCAUACGCUAAUCGCUAACCCUAAGCAUUUUCUGGAAACAAAUCUUCUUUUUGUAUCCGAGUUCUAUGAAGUUGCAUCUUUGGAGAAUCUAGCAAAUUACUUCCACAUAACGGUGAAGGAAUUGGAUGCCGUUUUGGCAAAUAUGAUUUUUCAGCAACGAAUUCGGGCAUCCAUUGAUCAAUUUGCUGGCUAUAUUACCUUUCUUCCUGAUUCCGAAAAAAUGUUGAGUCGUCCUAAUUACAUUGAAAAUAUUUCACAGAUAUUGAAUCAAUACGGAUAG